GGAUUAACUAGUAAUUUAUCAAAAAAAAUUCUAUUAACCCACCACAAGAGAAAGAGAACGUCCCAGGUCGGUGCGCUAAUUCAUAGUCUGUCGCUUCUCUCUCCGUCCGAGUGUCCGUAGCAGACGAAACAGCUGUCAUGACGGAUGAAACUUCCAUUGAUGUGAGGGACGAGGUGGCAGAUCUUGCCCCCUUUGAUCCAACCAAAAAGAAGAAGAAGAAGAAGGUUGUAAUACAGGAUAGUGCAGAUGAUUCUGUGGACAAGCUUGCUGAGAAAACUGUAUCAUUAUCAGUCUCUGAUGGGCUUGAGAGCACUUUUACUGGUUUGAAAAAGAAGAAGAAGAAACCAGUAGAAACCAGUAUUUUAAAUGAAGAAAGUGUAGAUGCACGAGAAGAUUUGGAUGAUCAUGUAGGAGAGGAUGAAGAAGGAGAAGGAAUUGAGCUACAACAGCAGCUUUACCCAUGGGAAGGGAGUGACCGUGAUUAUGAAUAUGAGGAGCUCCUUGGGAGGGUCUUCAACAUUUUGCGUGAGAACAACCCAGAACUUGCUGGAGAUAGGCGGAGAACUGUGAUGAGGCCUCCACAGGUUCUUCGUGAGGGUACAAAGAAGACAGUUUUUGUGAAUUUUAUGGAUCUCUGCAAGACAAUGCAUCGACAACCUGACCAUGUCAUGGCCUUCUUACUUGCUGAAUUGGGGACAAGUGGAUCACUUGAUGGACAGCAGAGGCUAGUUGUUAAGGGGAGAUUUGCUCCCAAAAAUUUUGAAGGAAUCCUGCGUCGAUAUAUAAAUGAGUAUGUCAUUUGCCUUGGUUGCAAAAGUCCAGACACUAUACUUUCGAAGGAGAACCGUCUCUUUUUCCUCAGAUGCGAGAAGUGUGGUUCUGGACGAUCAGUUGCCCCAAUCAAAGCUGGUUUUGUUGCUCGUGUUGGCCGCAGAAACGCAGGGACAUGAGGUUUGUAAUGCCUGGUUUUGUUGCCCGUAUUAGCAGUAGGAAGAUAUUGGGACAGGAGCCUUUGAAGGUUAGGCUGUGCAGCUGAGAAGUCAUGGAUUUUUGUUUGUCUACACUCGAAACUUUUCUUCUCUGAAUUUUAUCAUUGUUUUUGUUUUGUCAAAGUUAUCAGAGUUAAAUAAUGCCUGUUUAUUAAGCUGAGCUAUAUAUAUAAAUUAAUUAAGUUAUGGUAUAA